GAGAGAGAGAGAUUUUAGCAUCUCAUCUCAUCUCUAUGGCGGCGAGAAGGAGGAUUCCUUGUGACUUGAGAUUUCUUCUCAUACCGGCAGCUUUCAUGUUCAUCUACAUCCAGAUGAGGCUUUUCGAGACGCAAUCACAAGAUGUUGAUCGCCUCGGUUCACCGCCUCUGGCAGCUGUUGUGAUCAUGGCCUGCAGUCGUGCUGACUAUCUUCAACGGACUGUUCAAUCUGUUUUUAAAUAUCAAAGUCUCGUUGCUUCAAAAUAUCCUCUCUUUAUAUCUCAGGAUGGAUCUAAUCAAGCCGUCAAGACCAAGUCUUUGAGCUUUAAUCAACUUACGUAUAUGCAGCACUUAGAUUUUGAACCAGUGAUCACCGAAAGGCCUGGCGAACUUAUUGCUUACUACAAAAUUGCACGUCACUACAAGUGGGCAUUAGACCAGUUGUUUUACAAACAUAAAUUUAGCCGAGUGAUUAUACUAGAAGAUGAUAUGGAAAUUGCUCCAGACUUCUUUGAUUACUUUGAGGCUGCAGCUAGUCUCAUGGAUAGGGAUGAAACCAUUAUGGCGGCUUCCUCAUGGAAUGAUAAUGGGCAGAAGCAGUUUGUGCAUGAUCCCUAUGCACUUUACCGAUCAGAUUUUUUUCCUGGCCUUGGGUGGAUGCUAAAGAGAUCGACCUGGGAUGAGCUAUCACCAAAAUGGCCAAAGGCAUAUCCUUAUAUUCGUUUAUCAAUUUCAAUGGCUAUCUAUGGUUUGAUAGCAUUUAAGACUUUCCUUAACAAUAUAUAUACUUACUGGGAUGAUUGGCUGAGAUUGAAGGAAAACCAUAAAGGCCGCCAAUUUAUUCGACCAGAAGUCUGCCGAACAUACAAUUUUGGUGAACAUGGGUCUAGUUUGGGACAGUUUUUCAGUCAGUAUCUGGAACCUAUAAAGCUAAAUGAUGUGAAGGUUGAGUGGAACGCGAUGGACCUGGGAUACCUGACAGAGGGAAACUAUACCGAGUACUUUUCUGGCUUAGUGAGACAAGCACAACCAAUUCAAGGUUCUGACCUUGUCUUAAAGGCUCAAAAUAUAAAGGGUGAUGUUCGUAUCCGGUAUAAAGACCAAGCAGAGUUUGAAAGCAUAGCAGGGGAGUUUGGCAUAUUUGAAGAAUGGAAGGAUGGUGUGCCCCGAACAGCAUAUAAAGGAAUAGUGGUGUUCCGAAUCCAGACUACUAGACGUGUAUUCCUGGUAGGCUCAGAUUCUGUGAUGCAGCUUGGAAUUCGAAAAUCCUAA